AGCGAUGUUGAAGACUACAUUUCCCUACUGCUACAAAAUUUUCACUGUGCUGCCGCCUGACAGACGUAGAAGGUCACGCGUGUGAUUUUGAACACAGGGACUCCAAAUAAGAUUCUGUCAGCGGGUAGACUUAUAACUUCGGUAAUCAUUUAACUACUGCCGCACAUGCGAUGUAAAUGCUCCUAAAUAAACACGUAAGAAUGUGCCAUUUUGUUAUCUAAGAACAAAAACCAGUCGUGUUAAUGUCGUUUAGCUAACUUAGCUUUCCGUAAACAUAGCAACUUCACUUUAUUAGUGCAAUGUUUAGAAGCCUUGUAAGACUCCGCUCGUUGUUUGGAAAUGCAGUCUCGUCGUGUAAAAUACAAUUAAAUGCUCAGCACUUGAAAUGCUCGUUGAAAUACUCAUCAUCGGCCGCGACGGAGAGGAAAAGAUUUUAUCAGGACGUCAGCAUAUCCCAAGGUGAAGGAGGUUUAUUUGAGAUAAACCUAGAUCGAAGGAAGCUGAAAACCCCUGGAGGGAAGCUGUUCACAGUGCCAAAUGAAGCCCUUGCCAUCGCCGUGGCAACUGAGUGGGAUGCCCAAAGGGAUACGCUCAAGUUUUACACAAUGCACCUGACUACCCUUUGCAACACUGCUCUGGACAAUCCUACGCAACGCAACGAAGACCAGAUGAUCAGCGGUGCAUUAAAGUUUCUGGAGACGGACACUGUUUGUUACAGAGUGGAGGAGCCCUUUGGUUUGGUGGAUCUACAGAAAAAUGAGUGGGACCCUGUAUUGCACUGGAUUGAGAACAGAUAUAACGUCACUAUUGGGUCCUCAUCCAGUUUUAUGGGCCCUGACAUCCCUCAGGCAACCAAAGACACCUUUUGCCAGCAUCUAAAAUCAUACAAUUUCUGGUCAUUGACAGGACUUGAAUACGUGAUCACCCAGCUGAAGUCUGUUGUGUUGGCACUUGGGAUGAUUGACAGACAUCUGAGUGUGGAGCAGGCUGUGCUGCUCUCUAGGCUGGAGGAGGAAUAUCAGAUUCAAUGCUGGGGAAAUGUGGAGUGGGCUCACGACUACGAUAUGUAUGAACUGCGGGCUCGUACUGCUGCCGGUGCUCUGUUUGUACACCUCUCAUCUGAGAGUUCGACUGUCAAACGCAAACUUUUGCAGGACUGAGAGGAAGAAGCUUGCGUGCUGAAAGAGCAGAACACGAACCUCCCAUCAAACUGACACCACUCCACAGAGUAUGACUCAGAAAUAGAAUAUAUCCCGGUCGUUCUAUUUACUAGUGACAGUUGCUCAGUCUCUCAUCCAUUCGAGUCAUCGCUGCGCUUUCAAACACUUCACCAGUCUUUUUUGCUACGUUUAUGAAACAGAUGCCAAGUCUGACACCACCCACUGAGCUUCCAGUUGGUUAUCAGUCAUCGGUGACAUGUCUGGACACUGUGCACAAAGGGAAUAGAGACUUUAUGUUUGUUGUAUUUGUUUGGUUCAAUCUCAACAACAUGGCAGUUUUUAUAGUCUGCUACAUUGAAUCCAUCCAUUUGCUAGACUGGUUUGUCGUCAUUAGGUGUGCAUGUGCGCUGGAGUCCAUUCCACCUGAUUUUGAGUAAAAGGCGGGGGUUCACCCUGAACUUGUCACCAACUGUCUGCUACAUGUAAAUAUUUUGAAGAUAUGGAUGAUCUUUUGUAAUGGCACAGUGGAAAUACUACUACAUUCAUGUUCUGUUCAUCCUUUAAGGUCUUGAUUAAAUACU